UUGGGCCUACCAAGGUGGUAAGCGAUGGCUCUACCUCUAUCAAAGCAGGUCUUGGGCUGCUUUCUCUUAUUCUCUUUUCUCUUUUCUUCUCUUUCAACCUUCUCUUAUGCUUUGACAAACGUUGAAGCAUCCUUAAUUGCUCGCCGUCAACUUUUGUCUCUACAAGAAAAUGAUGAUGUUUUCUCUAGACUUGGCAUUGAGAUCCACCAUGACAAGAAUUUUGGAAAUCUAAGGCUCCAAAAAGCUUACAUUGCAUUACAGGCAUUGAAAAAGUCUAUCUAUUCUGAUCCUUUGAACACAACUCGUAAUUGGGUCGGUACCGAUGUGUGUUCUUAUAAUGGCGUCUUUUGUGCUCCAGCCCUUGACGACCCAAAAUUGGAAGUUGUUGCUGGCAUUGAUCUUAACCACGCUGACAUUGCUGGUUACCUACCCUCUGAGUUGGGGCUCUUGACUGAUGUUGCACUCUUUCACAUUAACUCUAAUAGGUUUUGUGGAAUUAUCCCCAAAACCAUGUCAAGACUCAAACUUAUGUUUGAGUUUGAUGUUAGCAACAACCGCUUCGUUGGCUCUUUCCCGACAGUCGUCCUCACAUGGCCAAGCCUUAAAUAUCUCGAUCUCAGGUUCAAUGAUUUUGAAGGGAAAUUACCUCCAGAACUCUUUGAAAAGGAUCUUGAUGCAAUUUUCUUAAACAACAACCGUUUCAAGUCCAACAUCCCCGACACAGUAGGUAAAUCUACAGUUUCUGUUGUGAGCUUUGCAAACAACAAGUUCACUGGUUGUAUUCCGCACACCAUUGGCAACAUGGCAAACACAUUGAAUGAGAUUCUUUUCCUGGGCAACAACCUUGGCGGUUGCUUCCCCCCAGAGAUUGGAUCCCUUGGCAAUGUAACGGUGUUCUCAGCUAGCUCUAACGGGUUCAUUGGGUUUUUGCCAAAGACAUUUUCGAGACUACUAAAGGUUGAAGAAUUGGACAUUUCGCAUAAUAGGCUAACAGGAUACGUGCCCGAAAAUGUUUGCAAGUUGUCUAGCUUGUCCAACUUCACUUUCUCUGACAACUACUUCAAUGGAGAGGCUCAAGCAUGUGUUCCAUCUUCAAAGGUGCACAAGAUAUUAGAUGACAAAAGCAACUGCCUUCCGGGCAGAUCGAAGCAGAAGUCUACCAAGAUAUGUUUCCGAGAGGCGACUCGACCUGUAAAUUGUAGCAAAAUGUGUGGUAGCUCCUCUUCACAUCCACAACCAAAGCCACCGGUUAGGAAACCAUCACCACCGUCAACUCCGAAGCCGCAACCCCAACCAUCUCCUUCUCCUUUAACUCCAAAGCCGCAACCCCAACCCUCUCCUACUCCAGUAGGGCAUCCUCCAUCAACACCAAAACAACCAUCGCCACCUAAAUCUUUGACCCCAAGUCCCAAGCCAUCUCCAGCCCCGCCAAAACCAUCUGAUCCAUCGCCCCCUAAAUCUUCGACCCCAAGUCCCAAGUCAUCCCCAUCACCGCCAAAACCAUCUGAUCCAUCGCCCCCUAAAUCUUCGACCCCAAGUCCCAAGUCAUCUCCAUCACCGCCAAAACCAUCUAAUCCAUCGCCCCCUAAAUCUUUGACCCCAAGUCCUAAGCCAUCUCCAGUACCGCAAAAACCAUCUGAACCAUCGCCAAAACCUGCACCGGGACCAAAUGACCCAUUUGAAAGAUACCCUCUUGAAAGGCUUCACUCACCUCCCCCACCGAUUCAAUCUCCACCACCACCACCCAUAUACUCCCCCCCUCCACCAGUUCACUCUCCUCCACCACCAGUCCACUCUCCUCCACCACCAGUCCAUUCACCACCACCGCCACCCGUAUACUCGCCUCCACCACCACCAAUUCAUUCUCCUCCACCCCCAGUAUUCUCUCCACCACCUCCAGUCCACUCUCCUCCACCACCAUUCUACUCGCCACCGCCACCUCCCGUGUACUCUCCUCCACCACCAAUUUACUCUCCUCCACCCCCAAUCUACUCCCCACCACCCCCAGUGUACUCCCCACCUCCCCCACCUCCUCCAGUACAUUCUCCUCCGCCACCAAUCCAGUCUCCUCCACCACCAGUCCACUCUCCACCACCUCCACCAGUCCAUUCUCCUCCACCACCAGUCCACUCUCCACCACCUCCACCAAUCCAUUCUCCACCACCACCAGUGCACUCUCCUCCACCACCAACCCCGGACAUCAUCCUUCCACCAAACUUUGGGUUCCAGUACUCAUCACCCCCUCCGCCAUUAUUCCCGGGCUACUAACUAGAUAAUAUCAUUAACAUCUUUGCCUUGUUUUGCAAUUUCCUUUAUAGUUUCAGAAUGCUAUGUACACACACACCCGUGGGUAAGUCAAGGCCGAGCUUCUCAUCACUUAUAUAAUUUGAGCCUCCAUUAUCAUUUUAUUCUCCCUCUUA